UUUAAAAAAUAAAAAAUUUUUUCUAUUAAUUAUUAUCGCAAUGACGUGUCAGGAGUUGAUGGAUGCAUUAAAAACGGAUAAAAAUAAGUGAAUUAGGGUGAAGCAGGCCACAAAUGGCAAAUGCCUGUCGUUUUUUAACAAUACUCGGAAACUCCAAAAGGUUAAAAAAAAAAAAAAAACGAAAAAAGAAAAAAAUUUGGAACAGACAUCCUCGAUGAAAAAAAUCAGCUUCUCCUAGUCUGAUGAUUUCUAAUUUUCGAGGUGCGUUCUCUGAUCCCGUUUUCAUCGAUUGUGCUGGUUUUGAUUUCUGGGGGACUAUGGCUAUGUCAGUUGCACCAGAUGAGGGUACAGCAUCAUUAAGCAGUGAUAUCUUCUAUGACAUAUUGAGGCGUCUUGAUGGCCCAACAUUGGCAAGUGCAGCAUGUGCAUGUGUUGCAUUCUGCUCCAUCUCAAAGGAAGAAAAGUUAUGGGAAAAUGUUUGUUCUUCUAUGUGGCCUUCAACAAAUAGGGAGGAUGUCAAAAAUCUAAUAACAUCAAUUGGUGGAUUCAGAAAGUUUUAUGCCGACUGCUUUCCACUCAUUGUUAACAAGGAAGUUAUCGAGUGUCAAUGGAAUGACUAUCCAGAGUACCCUGAAGAAUGGACUGAGGCUGAAUACUAUGGUGACUUAGAUGAAUUUGAGAGUAUUGCACCUUCAGAUUUUGUCUCAAUUGUUGAUAUCAGGUAUAAAGACAAAGCAAUCUGUUCAAAAGUCCUGUGGGGUAUUCCCAAUGCCAAUGGAUUUAAUGGUUGGUUUUACAGCUGCCCAUUCCGGAUUGAUCUUCUUACAUAUGCAGCCAGGGAUGAUGACAGUGAAGGUGAAGUUCUCCUUUCAGUUUCAGAUGGUCUGCCACCAAUUUUCUCCAUGGAGAAAGAAAGAAAGGACGGAAAGUUAUGGAGAGAUCUUCGUGAUGGACUCCGGCUUAGUUGGAUUGUUGUAAACAAAAAAAUAAAGCAAGCUGCUAAUCUUGCUAGCUGGAGCCCUCUUGGUGGGCAAAGGCAUUGGCCAACGGACAAGGAUUUUGUAAUACGCUUUGGAUCAGUUCUUUCUGCAAAAGACAUUCUUCCAUGUCAGGUGGUAGAAUGCAUUCUCAUUAUGAAGUUUAGAGUAAUUCGCACAGAAGGAGAGGGCGUUCAUACAACUCUCAAGUUAACAGAGCUGAGCAUGCAGUUGGAAGACAUGGAAGGUGCUCAUGUCAACGGAAGAAACAGUUUACUUAUUCUGAAGGAAGCAUUGAGCUGCUGUAGGAGCAAAAACUAUAGUGAAGUUCUGGAGGCUUGCCACUUGUACUCGAAAGUGCAAAGCGAGUUAAAAGAGGAGAAGAUGAGGAACGAAAGUAGGAUAGAUAGACUUUGUAUAAUAAGUGGAAUUGCUGCUUUCCUCACACUAUGGUACUACAUUUUGUGAGAUACAAAUGCCGUUUUUUAUUUUAACUCUUGUUAACUGAAAGUUCUCUAACAGACUCAGUAUGUACCUGUCAGAUGUAAAUUUCAAUUUUCCAUAGCUAAUAAAAGUUAUCCCCAAGAUAUCUGAGGACAAAA